CCAUCCUAAAGUUUCUUUAAGUCUGUCCUAAGAAGAACAUUGAUAUCAUUCCGACACAGCGCUGAACUUCUUUAAUUAGGAUAUUCUCAUAUUUUCAUCAUUGUUUGUGCGUUUUCUAGUGUGGAUAUGGGCCGACAUAUGGAAUAUGUCAUCCAUGAGUACUCUGUUAACGCUAUUAAAGCAGUGCACUGAAAGCUUUUGGAUCCCCUGGUAACCUAGGCUCAACAUUAGCCUAAAACGCUCUGAAGCUAUUACCAACAGCCUCCUCUCAACAGAAGUUUACUCAUCUUGGGACUCUUUCUGUCCAGGACAAAUGGACGUCUCUGACUCCACUUCCUUUUCUUCCUCCCCUUCUCCUUCCUAUACUUUUCCCUUUCUCCCUAAUCUCUCCCUUCCCUCUUCUUCUCCCUCCCUCUCUCCAUCUCCAAGCGUAGCUUCCACUGCUCUCUUCUGCCUUUUCCUAUCCCUUCUUUCACUGCUGGGCAUUUUGGGAAACUUGUACACACUAGGGCUUCUCAUUCGCCGCCGCAGGACCUCAAGGAGACAUACAGCUCCUGCCUGUUGUUACAGCCUCUCCUGCUUUGGCACCUCCUCUCCCUCCUCCUCUCCCGUCUCUUCCUCCUCCUCUUCCUCCCUUCACCUGCAGGUUCUGAGUCUGGCUUUGGCAGAUCUGGUGUACCUCUCUACUGCCCCCUUCAUUGUAUAUGACAGCUUAGCGUCUGACUGGGCCUUUGGUGAGCUAGGCUGUCGGCUGCUGCUCAGUCUGGAUUUGCUCACCAUGCACGCAAGCAUCUUCACCCUCACCGCUAUGAGUCUGGACCGGUAUCGAGCUGUGGCUGACCCAUUGGCAGCCUCCUCAACACCUUCGUCUGGACUGCUGAGAGUAGCUUUGGCCUGGGGCUUUGCCGUGGCCCUCAGCUUGCCCAUGAUGAUCACUCUGCACCUUGAAGAUGGAGAGAACCAGGAAGGCAAGCUGUGUGUGCCCGCUUGGGAUGAGCAGAGUUCCAAAACUUACCUCAGUGUUCUCUUCUGCACCAGUAUUCUGGGCCCUGGGCUGGCCAUUGGAGCUUUGUAUGCAGCUUUGGGAAGGCUCUACUGGGUAUCUCAGACACAGCCAGCCUGGGCAGGAGGGGGCAAUGCCUACCCACCCCGUGCACCUCGCCCCAAAGUCCUACUCCUCAUCCUGGGCAUUGUGCUAACAUUCUGGGCUUGUUUCCUCCCAUUCUGGAUCUGGCAGCUUCUGCCACUGUACCGGCCGGAUUUGCUGCGUGUGGUGCCAGUGUGCACGCAGGUGACCAUUAAUCGUAUCCUCACAGGAUUGACUUAUGGAAACUCAUGUGUGAAUCCAUUCUUUUACACACUGUUGACGGGCAAGCGCAGACGGCCCGGCAGGAAAGCGACAAAUGCAGCCACCCCACUCUGCCACAAGGGCAGCUCUGAUCAACAAUAACAGCUGUCCACUGUGAUGUCCACCAGUAUGUACAAUCCAUGAAGCCCACGAGGGCUCAAGACUGUGCAUAGUUAUGUUCAUCAAACAGAUUGCGUUUCAUUUUGGUGCUAAAAGGGCUUAAAGUUUAUAGCUUUACACUUGUGCUGUGCAAAUAUAGCAAUUAAAUAAUCUAGAAAAUCUGAGCAGCAUUAUGUAUUAAGUUCCCUGCAAACCACAACAAAAUACAAAGCAAUUAAUGCUUAUGUAAGCAUAUCUGAAAUCCUUACUAGGUUUGUCAACUUUGACAAGUAAAACAAAAACCCUCUCCAACCUGCCUUCAAAAAUUAGUGGACUAAAAUAUGUCAAACAUCUGUUUUAACAGGCAAAAAAAUGCAACUUGAAAGGAACUAAACAAACUUUUUCAGGAUUUGCAAAUUGCCCCAGGAAACUCUUUUGACAGGUGUAAACCAUUUAACUACCAAAUUGGUUUAUUGGUGUAAGUGCAAAGGAGAAAUAGUAUAGAUUUGGCUCAAAGGACAUGUCAGAGUUUGCUCUUUUAAGGAGGAUAAAUCAGUUCUAUCACAAAGCCAGGACAAACAACAUCUCAUUUUCUGAUAGGGCAUAAUGCUCUCUAUGAGGUACUUCAUCAGACUCAACUACAACAAUCUUUUAUGCCCAACAGAUUUUGUACAAUUCUGACUUUGUGUAUUUAUUGGCACCUUACAAAAAUUACUUAUAAUAUAUAAUUAAAAGUACCUUAUAAAUAAUUACUUGCCAUUUGUUAUUACUUUCAUCUAAUUCUGUGAUUAUUGUCAUAAAUGAAUUGAACAGAAUAUAGGAUGUUUCUUUCACUACUUAUUGCAAUCACUGCCAAACUUUUUCAACCACUGGGGACAACAACAAACAAAACAAAAAACAAACAAAAAUAAAAAAAACAUUGUGUUUCCAAUGUCACAUUUAAACUUUUGCUCAUUUGGUCCUAUUUAUGCAUGUUCAUGGGAAAUGCCAGCAAAGGAAAUGAUUCAGUUUUUGAAAAUGUGCAUUCAAUUGUUCUAAAAUGCAUAUUUCAUUUCUAAUCAAAAGUAACAUGUGGCUUUCACACAACACUGACCUUUAAAAAGAUGUUUUUGAAAAGAUGUUUUUCAAUUGUACUGCAUUUGUUCUGUUUUACUGUUAAAUAAUUGCAUUGCUUUGCAUCAGGCUUGGCUGAAAGUAUAUAUACAGAAUAAAUUUGGAGGUGCUUUUCAUAAUAUACAAU